AUGCGUUUCGGCUUGACGCGUUCAACAUCCCCAUCACCUGUCAGACGACCACGGCGUACCCCAGGUCCACGACGCAGUUCGACCUAUGGACUAUACUCCUCUUCAUCAGAGUCUGAGAGCUCACCAUCCGACGACGACGCCUCCGAUGCCUCCUCUUCGUCAGAAACCCGUGGUGCUCUCAAAGAAGAGUAUGCUGAUGUACUUGACGCGAGUCUCUCACGACGGGAAGACUUAACACCAGCCGAACGCGCCCAGAUAGAGGAGACAGUAGCCGCUAUAAGACUACGUGCGCAACACAAGGAUCCGUACGAGGAGUGGGAAAGGCAAGCUAGGAAGGAUGCCUAUCACACAGCGCGGCGAGAACAGGAAGCUUCUCGUGCUCGCGCAGAAGCUGCUCGAGAAUCAGCGCGCAAUACUAUCUCGCAACGACAAGCGGCCGCACUUGCCGCCGAACUUGAUGCUGUCGCGGCACAGCUGCGUCGUCUGAGCACACAACCAACCGAUGAACAACGUAGAUGGGCCGAAGCGGACGCCGCACGGAAAGCGCGAGUCGAUGCGGUCAUUCGUGCGGAGGAAGAGAAGAUUCGGGCAGCGCAAGCUGAGGCUGACCGUGUGCGGAAGGCGAAUGAGGAAGAGGAGAGGAAGGCGCAAGAGGCAAAGAAAGCUGCUGAAGAGAAGCGGAAGGCCGAAGAGGAGAGGAAACGGAAAGAGGAGGAGGCCGCCAAAGCGAAGGAGAAGGCCGAAGAGGACAAGAGGAGGCAAGAAGAGUUGGCGGAGCAAGCUGCCGCCGAGGAAAAGUUGAAGGGCGAGCAAGAGAGGAAGCAGCUAGGGAUGACGACGCCGGGGCAGGAUUGGACGGAAGCGAGGAAAGCGUUGAAGGAGCUCAAGGCUGGUCCGAUCAAGAUGGUUAAGAGCACGAAGGAGAGCAAGAAGCUGUGGAACGAGAAGAGGCGGGAUAUUACGCGGCGCGUCGGACAACUCACGAACGACGCUGCGAGUAUCAAUCAAGUUUCGCAACUCAUCCUACAGGCCGUCACACAACCUACGCUACCGGAGCCCAUUCUUCUUAUCACCCUCAACUCGGUAGCCAAGAGCCUGAUCCUACAAGCUGAAACCGAAGCAGUAGCCGAACCUCGCGCCGCGAUCCCUCUCGCACAAGUAGCAGCGAACCUCCUCACCGCCUUCCCACCCUCCUUCGGCGACAUCCUCUUCGCCAAGCUCGUGCAACGUACAGGAGGCUGGGCCGUCCCCGCCGCCGUACCUCAAGCCGAUGUUGACGGAACAGUGUUCACGCCUGAGGCGUAUACCAAGGUCCGAGGGAGGAGGGAAGAUGAGAGUAUGGUCGAUUACGCGGCAAGGAUGGCGGGCGUUAUGAGGUUAUACUUCGCGAUUCUGUGGGCGGAGGCGGGGCAACCUUUACCUAGACAGUUCCACAGACAGCGGUACUGGGCUUGGGUGGCGCGUAUCGUUGACCAGCCGCGACUACUCGCCACACCGAUCGCGGCGGACUUGCUUGCCGUUGCGUUGGAUGUCGGCGGCGCGUCUGCGUUGCGCAUUUGGGGAAGGCAAUGGGCCAAGCUCCUCGCCCUUCUCUGGGACUCCGUCAACAGCGGCGAGAAGCGUGUUGGCGGAGAGUCGGCUGAGGCAGCUGGUGCUCGCCGAGCAGAGAAGCCCGAAUGGGCUUUUGUCUUGAACCACCAUCUUCAGUUGGAAAGUGCCAUGCGGUCAUUAGCUUCUCCUACACUCACUCAUAGCGGAUUAUUCAAGCUGUAUACAGAUGUCCGUCAACCCCAGCUACUUCUUGACCCUGACUUGGACCAGUCCGCAAUCCUUUAUUAUGGCUACGUCGUGGACUACCCUAAAGCUCUCGAAUACGCCAAGCGACACGACGUGUUACGGGAUCCAGAGAGUGGUCAAUCAGUCGACUGGGGAAACCCACCUAAGUGGCUGCAGGACGAAUACCGCUGUAUGAGCCGCAUUAUGUUCUUCUUCUCGAAACAGGAAAACUUUCCGUUUGAGUAUGCCUAUGUACUGGGCCAUGAGACACCACAUGCGAUAGCAUUGUAUACCAAUUCGCAGGACCUCGGACUGAGCGUGAGGGUCCAGAUGCGCCUGCUGAACGCCAUCAAAAAGGCUUUCGGGGUCGAGCAUCAGCUGCCAAUGUGGUGGUGGGACUCUGUCAAGUGCGGCGUACAUUACAGAAGCAACAUUGCGAGAUAUAACCCGAUGCCACCGCCUAUGCAACCAAUGGAAUCAAGGAAGGCACGGGCUGCCCGUCGUCUCGCUGAAGCAGAAUUGGCCCAGUAA